UGGCCUAAAGGUAUACCAAUUACCAGCCAUAAACUCUAAAAAAAAUGCAUCCACUGAAUCUGAAAACAUAAAUUGGUGUUUCGCGUUAGUCUCAAAUUUAUACGAUUUAAAAAUUGAUCCCAAUCUAACGUAAUUAAUAGCAGAUAUGACUAUCUAUAACAUGUAUAUUUUUGAUCGUUAUGGAACACUUUUAUACUAUGGAGAAUGGAAUAGAACCAAACAAUCAGGCAUGUCGAGAGAGGAGGAAGGAAAACUAAUGUAUGGAAUGUUAUUUUCAAUAAAGUCAUUUGUCACUAAAAUUUCUCCUUUAGACCCAAGGGAAGGAUUUCUUAACUAUAAAACAUCCAAAUACACCCUGCAUUGUUUGGAGACUCCAUCAGGAAUAAAAUUUAUUGUAAACACAGAUAAUCAAGCUCAAGGAAUUCGAGAACUGUUGAAAAAGAUUUAUUCAGAUAUUUAUGUUAAGUAUGUAAUAAGAAACCCGCUAUGUGGUAUAGGAGAACCAAUUAAUAGUGAAUUAUUUAAGAGUAAGUUAGAUUUAUUUAUCAAACAGGCACCAUUGACAGCUGCACGUGCUUCUUAAAAUCUAUAAAUACAUUAAUUCGAUUGUAAGUAAAAAUUAAUGUAAUUUUGUUUUGUGUAAAAAUAUAAAAGAUUGCAUAAAUAUAAUUAAUAUUAUUAUUGAUGUAAAUAUUGUUAUACUUGAAAGUAAGAAUGCUGUUCUAUUAAAGUAAAAAUAUCUAAAGAAACUAUGAGAUGUGCAUUGCUGAUGUUGUAAAAGUAAAUUUUUAUUAUUCAUUCAAUUUAUGAAAAAUACAACUUUAGUAAAAUUAAAAAUGACUUUUUCUCAUAAAUUUUAAAUGUUUUAAAAAGUAUAAGAACUUUUUUGUAGGUAUAGAUAUUAUUACUAUUGCUUUUAUACCAUCAUUUCACAAAAACCACUUUUAACUUUAAUCUGAACAUUAUUGCAAAUGUGGAAUUCACAGGGAUAUGUUCCAAUAUAAUGGAAUACCUUAUCUUGUUGGUAAAUAUGUAAGGGUUUGUUUAUUUACUUUUUUCAAUAGUUGUACUAAGCUAAUUAAUAAUUAUAGUAGAUAUAAUUUGUUAAUUCUAAUGUGAUACAGUAAUCUAAAAGCUAAAGGUUGUACAUAUAUCAAUCAAAGUGCUUAAAAAUUAAUUGGGUCUGACCAAAAAAAAAGAAAAAACAAAGUUUCAAGAACAUAAAUUUAAUUAAAUAUGACAUGAUAUUUAUAAUUUAUUUAUAUUCUUAUGUAAAAAAGUACAACAAUAAAUACUACUAAUAUUACAAGAGAAUAUUAAGCUAGUUAUAAAUAACCAAGAAUAAUAAUAUUAACAAAUUACAAUAUCUUGAAGUUGCCACAUAUAAAUUGUAAAAUUCAAUAAUUGUAUAUCAUAAUAUUUGGAUAACCAUUAAUAUCAUGCUUAGAAUAGAUCAUAAUUCAUUUUGGCUCUCUCUUUUGUUCUUAAUUAGGAAAAAAAUCAUUACUUUAAAAAAGUUUAUAAUAAGUGCUUUUUGCUAUUUUGAGUAAUAAACCAUAAUGACUU